UCGAGAUCUGUUACACUGGGCCGGGCUGUCUGGAUUCGUCAGUGAGUGGGACUGGAUUCGUCAGUUACCUCUCGGAGGAGGCUGUGCCCCGUGUAGAUUAAGUACCAGCACUGCUGGCAGUGAUGCAGUGCUCGAGAUCUUUUACACUGGGCCGGGCUGUCUGGAUUCGCUCUGCCUUGCAGGAUAUUCACUCCACUCUCCGCUGUUUAAAAACCUCCCUUUCAAUAUAAAUAUUUGGUCUUUGACAAAUAGACACAGACUCGCUCACUAGAACCCUCGUCUGUAGCACUGCUUUCCUUAUGAGGGCACUAUGCUGGCGCUCACAGUAAAUUCUCUAACUGUGUCAAAGUUUUCUUUUUGCGAUUUGCUUUAUGUUUGAAGUAGCUUCAGUCAGAUCCACAGCAGACUGGCACGCGCGGGCAGACAGACUGACACAGAGAGACACCCACAUCGACACAGGAAGCACAGUGUGGGCUGCUGCUGGGUUCUGCACAGCCUCUGCGGGAGAGAGACUUGUUUUUUUUUUUUAUUGCCCUGACGAAGUCCAGCUCUCUGCUCAAAGCCGGGCGCUUGCUUCAGUGGAAAGGAAUUCAGAGUCUGAGUGUUUGAGAGACCGAGAGGGAGAGGAGACCGAGAGUUUAUAUCUGUAAAAGCUGCAAGCGGGCAGGCAGGAAGACUGUGAGAGAGGUAGAAAUAUAGAACAAGAAAAGGAAGAGAGAGAGUGAGAGAGAGAGUCAGCUGGCAGAGACAGCUAAGAAAGGACUUGUCAUUGAAGGCGUUGUGAAGUUUUUAGGUUCGAGAGAGAGACGGGGAACUUAAUACUCAGUACAGCCUGUCAUGGGUUAAAGACCUUGUGGAUUUGAGAGAGAGAUGGACUUCUUUGACCCAGCGGUCCUGGCCCCUCUGCUGGUCAUCGCUGCACACUGCCUCACGGUGGUGGGAGUGUGGUAUUACCGCAGGCCCCGGACCCCCACCCUGGCAGACGAGCGUGACAGAGUGCAGAAGAAAACCUUCACGAAAUGGGUGAACAAGCACCUGAUCAAGGUCCGCAAACACAUCACAGAUCUGUACGAGGACCUGAGGGACGGGCACAACCUGAUCUCCCUGCUGGAGGUGCUGUCUGGAGUCACGCUGCCUCGAGAGAAAGGCAGGAUGCGUUUCCAUCGGUUACAGAAUGUUCAGAUCGCCCUGGACUUCCUGAAACAGAGACAGGUGAAGCUGGUGAACAUCCGAAACGAUGACAUCACUGACGGGAAUCCCAAACUCACCCUGGGCCUGAUCUGGACCAUCAUCCUGCACUUCCAGGUGGGAUCUGUCGGGGGUACGCAGACACUGCAGCAGGAGAUCUCGGAGAUCUACGUGAGCGGGGAGUCGGGUGACAUGACGGCGAAGGAGCGGCUGCUGCUCUGGACUCAGAAGCUGACGGAUGGCUACCCCGGGGUCCGCUGCACCAACUUCACCUCCAGCUGGAGCGACGGGCGCAUGUUCAACGCAAUCCUGCACCGAUACAGGCCGGACCUGAUUGACAUGGCGCGUGUUGUGCGGCAGAGUAACCGUGACAACCUGGAGCAGGCCUUCGAGAUCGCCGAGUCGCUGGGGGUGACCAGGCUGCUGGAUGCAGAAGAUGUCGAUGUCCCCUCCCCGGAUGAGAAGUCUGUGAUCACCUACGUCUCGUCCAUUUACGAUGCCUUCCCCAAGAUCCCCGAGGGGGGCGAGGGGGUCGGAGCCCACGAGGUGGAACAGCGCUGGUCCGAGUAUCAGAACCGGGUCACAGUCCUGAUCCAGUGGAUCCGGCAGCACGUGGCCCGCAUGUCAGACAAGAGCUUCCCUCAGAACCCGGUCGAGCUCAAGGCUCUUUAUAAUGAGUAUGUGCUCUUUAAAGAACGGGAGAUCCCUUUGAAGGAGGCAGAGAAGGAGAAGAUA